AUGGUCGAAAAAUUACCAACUACGAAGUCUAAAAUAGCAGCCAGUAAGCUGAGUAGUGUCAGAAAUAGUUUAUUCAGUGGUGUAUCACCGCUUAUCGGCCGCAAUAAUAAGAACAGCUAUCCAACUCCUGAUAAAAGUCACGAGACGACAAAACGAUUUUCAAGAUGCUGUCACUUCAGUAUCAAGAAACUAGUCGAUCAAGACCAUUUUCAUUACAAAAGCGUCAAAUUAGGACCGAUUGGUGUGACUUUAAUUGCUUUCGAACCCGACGCUCGAACACCCAUCAAGCAACUUAAGUUGCAAGUUCAAAGUGGUGGACGAAAAUGGAGUAUAAACCGUAGCGUAGAGCAGCUGUGUGAGUUUGACCAACAGUUACAUAGUUGCGUAUUCAGUCGCUCAUACAGUCAUUUACGGGAUUUAUCUGCGGAAUUAAAACAGAAUGAUCCAGAACACGCUCGAGUGCAUAUUGUCCUUUUUUUGCAAAGAUUGUCACAUAUCACUGGAAACUUGAUGCGCUGUAAUUCGGUUUUAAAGUUUUUGGAGAUGGACAGUCAUGGAAAUCGUUUGAUGUCAUUAGAAGAAACAACAUUAAAUAAGCCUACUAUCGUUAGCGCAAUUGUCACUAAGAAUUUCAAUGCGGAAACAAGCGACCAAAUUUCAUUGAGAGUAUGUUUUCUUUCUUGUAUUACAACGCACAUUUCACGAUCUUGUUCGUGA